AACAUUAUCAACACUUUGAAAGUCGCUGCCAUUUUUGUCCUUCCUCAAAUAGCAUUAUGGAUAUUGGGUGUGUUUCCUUUGCGAACUUUUAUUGAUGAUUUUGAAAAUAUAGUUAAAAGAGUAAAGAGAAAACGUAGGGGAAAUGUAUUUAAGUGCCAGAAUCCUGAUUGCGCUAAAUCGUCAUUUUGUGAUCACUUUCGACCGAUACCCGGACAAAAAUGUAAGAAAUGCACAAAAUGCGAUUUAUAUAAAACCGAAGAUGAAGAAAAAGUUAUUAAGGAAGCUGCUGCAAAAGCGCGAGCAGAAUUCAUUAAAACUCAUCCAGAGGCAAGAGAAGCCAAUCUUUUGCAAAAUGCUGCUAUCGGACCUGUUGCAGGCAAUG